AACGAAGACAAUGUAGAUCUAAGACAGACCUACACUCCACUUUCUUCAUCAACAGAAUAUGCAAGUUCUAUAGAUUCUUCACUUUUCUAUGCACCAUGGUCUACUUAUGGAGAUGAUAUUAAACAACCUUCUAAUUCUCAAAUCAAUAUAAAGAACAGGAUUCAAACUGAAAGAAAUGACUAUGGCAGUGAAACAGACUUAUAUGGACUUGUGUCUAACAUUCUGGAAGAACAAGAUAAAUCGCAGUCAUAUUUUCCUGAAGGGACCUGCUCCUCUAAUUUAAAGUCAGUUUGGCCAAUGAAUACAAGCAGAUUUGUAGAUCACCAUGACCUCUUAACAGAAACCAAAAGGCCAAUAGAUACAGCAGUCUCUCAGCAGACUUUUUAUAGUGGUGAAUCCAUGUCAGCAGUGGAAAAACAGUAUCUGCAUAAUAGUAAUCUCACACCACAACAAAAAAUAGAUGAAUUCUAUCAUGGAUUUACUGGUUUAGACCUGGAUGAACAAUGGAUGUAUCCCUCACGAAGUGAUCAUUCUAACUGUUACAAUAUUCAAACAAAUGAGACAGCUAAGGCAACAUUCCAAGAAUAUCCAUUUAUCAAGAACUGUUUUGCACCUCAAACUUGUCUGUCUGAUAUUGUGAAAGAAUCAGGAAUUGAUACUUACCCUUAUGGAAGAGAGAAAAUAUUUGCUAAAGGUCUUGAAGCACCAUUACAACAAAAAAGGGCAGAGAUGUUUCUUUCCCAAUUUAAUAGAUACAGUGAAAAUGCAGAUUAUUGUAGAUACCCAGAAUAUGGUCACCCUAAUAAGGCUAAGCUUAAUAAAUGUUCAAAUUUCAGUGUCCAAGAUGGUAAAAAAUUAGCCAAUGGCACAGCUGAAACACCAACUGUAGAAGCAGAUGCCUAUACAAAGUUAUUUCAGGUUAAAUCAGCAAAUCAGAAAAAAAUGGAGGACACAAUAUCUGACCAGCAGAAUUUCACAUUUCCAAAAACUACACUACAUCUGACAGAAAAGCAGUUUGCAAAGGAAACAGGAUUCACUGCUGAUUUUGCCUUAAAGUCAGAAUAUGGACUAAAACCUCACACAGCUUGUCCAGCUAAUAGUGAUUUUGCUACUGUCACAGAAAAGCAGCAAUUUGCUAAACCUGAACCCUCAAAUUCUGAGUAUUUUAAAUCAGUGAAUUUAUUAUCAAACUCAGCAACAUCUUCAGGAGGUAUCAAUUUAAACAGACCCACUUGGAUGAACGUUCAAACAAAAAGUAACACUGCUAUUCCCUAUCGAAAUCAAGGUAACUUGAUGAAAUUAAAUAGUCAUUUAAGUGCAGCUCCAAAAGGUUCUAACCAUUCUUCAGAUUUCCCCCAGCUAUCUUCCACAAAUUUAACCCCAAGUAGCAAUUUAUUUCAAAAGUAUUGCCAAGAAAACUCUUCAGCAUUUUCUAGUUUUGAUUUCAAUUACAAUGGCGCAGACAGAAUUCAAUCGAUCAAUCACAUGGAAGGACUGGCAAAGACUGGAGAAGAAAAUCUCUUUGAAUUGGUUAUAGAUAAAAAAAUAAAGCAGCCAAAUGGAUUUUGUGAAAAUUAUUCGGUUCAGCAGUAUGGGAUCACUGAAAAUGUAAACAAACAUAAUUUUCAAGCCAAGCCCCAGAGCGGACAUUAUGAUCCUGAGGAGGGCCCAAAGCAUUUAGAUGGCUUAUCUCCAAAUACAUACCAAGAACUGUUGGAGGCACAGGGGCAUUUUAAUAGCCACAGACAAGGAAGUGGAGACAACAAUGUUAAUAGCCGUGUGAAUCGCACACAGGCAUCAUGCUUCUCUAAUAAUUAUAUGAUGGGAGAUUUAAGGCAUAAUCAGGGUUUUCAACCACUUGGUUCAAGUGGGUUUCCCCUAAGAUCCACUCACCCAUUUGGCCAUUCAGUGCUUCCACUGUUGGAUUCCUAUGAUUUGUUUUCCUAUGAUGACUUAAGCCACUUAUACCCUUAUUUCAAUGAUAUGAUGUAUGGUGAUAGUUCCUUUUCUGGUUUUGUGCCAAAUUUUGGAUUUCAAAGACCAAUUAAAACUCGUAGUGGACCAGCCAGUGAACUUCAUAUUCGUCUGGAAGAGUGCUAUGAACAAUGGAGAGCACUAGAAAAGGAGAGGAAAAAGACUGAAUUAGCCCUUGCCAAGAAUUAUCCAGGAAAAAAAGUAUCCAGUACUAACAAUACUCCAAUUCCAAGGCUGACCUCCAACCCGUCUAGAGUUGAUCGCUUAAUUGUGGAUGAACUUCGAGAACAGGCGAGAGUUAUGACGUUACUAGGCAAAAUGGAGCGUCUCCGAAGCUCUCCCCUUCAUGCCAACAUCUCCACCGCUCUCGACAGACACUUGGAAUCCAUUCACAUCGUACAGUCACGCAGAAAGGAUGAGAUUGUUAACACUUCAAAUCGGCAGCGGCAAGGAGUGCCAAGAUGCCAGGAUGACAGAGAUGUUUUUGCCCUUGCUUCAGCAAUUAAAGAGAUGUGUGUGGCUACUCGGAAAGCACGCACAACUCUGUGGUGUGCACUGCAGAUGACCCUGCCAAAGACAGUGACCACAGCGGGCCAAGCAGAUGUGGAGAAAUCUUUACAGGACAUAGUGAAUGACAACAAGGUCCCUGAGAGCAUGCCUAGCAGCAAUCCAGUGAGCCAGAGGUGACACAAGCAAACAUUAAGGAAAGGCCUCAGAGGGAAGAGUGAAAAGCUGAUAAGUGAAUCUAUCAAGACGUGCUAACAAUUUUUAAUGAACUUGUCAAACUACAGUACAUUAAUUUUCUUUUCAAUUUAGUGAAUACCUUAAUGAAGUCUAACUUCUAUUUAAAAAUCUAUUUACAAUGAAUGAGAUAUAAAGUGAACUCAGAGGUGGAGUUGACUACUCUAGGAGUUCUGAGUAGCCCAAAAUAACAAGCUUCUUUAAGCAAAUUAAAUAUUUCCUAACAGCUAAAAUGUUACUUAAACUCAUUCUGCAGUGCAGGUAAAUGCAAAUAUCAAAUUCUUCAAUUAGUUCUGCCUUAGUAAGUAUAAUUCCAAAUAAUGAAUCUUAAGUGACUGUAACCCAAUUAUGGCUACAGUCUAGUAACCAAGACAAUGUUGAUUGUGAUAUGAGUGUUUUCCUUACAAAACUGGAUAAACCUAAGAGACAAAGGAAAACGGAUAAAUCCAAAUAUUCAUGUAGAAAGUUAAAAUACUACCAUAUUUGUAAAUCUGAAAUCUUAGUGCCUAAGUAUGUGGAGGGAAAUGCAUCUGAUUCUCCUAAAUUAGUGAUAGUGCCAGUGUGAAAACCAUGCAAGUUAUUGGAUAUAAAACCUGUUCAAAUCAUUUGUGUAUAUUCUUUAAAAUUUAUACUAUUAAGUAUUAAUAAUUUUGAAUUUUAAAGUUAAAGUGUAUACUAUUAAGUAUUAUUUCUAAUUUUAAAGUAUUUAAAUUGAAUCAAAAUAACUCCUUUAUCUGGAUCUUUUACACUUGAUUUGCAGUCUCUAAAAUAAUGACUACUGUUUUAAUACCCUUAGUUGGCUGUCUUUUAUGAGGGUAUCACGAGUUCUAAAAUGUAAUUUUUUAAGGUUUAUCCUUAACUAGUUUAGUUUGCAUUUGGUUCGUAUAUAUUUUAUGUAGUUGUGUUCAUUGGUUUGCUUCUAUAUUUUUUUUUAAAAGAGUACUUGAAAGCUUGGCUUUUUCUUUCUCAUUCCUUAGUAUUUCUGUUAUGGAACCCAAGUAAUUUAUUCAUUAAUAUGAAAUGUUGGUAUUAUGUGACUCAGAAGAUCUUGGGUUUUAACAUUUCUAGCAUGAGUUAAACUAUAAUAUAAUGUACUGAUGAAAUUUAAUUGUAUCCUUAAUCAGAAACACUGAUGUUUUAAAUGUUGUUUUCCUUAGUUUUAGAAAUCCUGGUAUUUAAAAAAAAAAAGUGUAAUCACACCACAUAAAUUUUCUUUAGAUGAUGUGUGGAAGAAACUGCUUACAAAUGCAGGAGUAACUGUAGGGAGAAACAUUUUGAUCACUGAUAAGCCAUAGAACUACUCAAAUGAAUUGCAUGAGGGUAGUCAAAUAAAUAGAUCACCCCACCAGUCACUGCACAGAAAGUGGUUAAGUUUUACAUGAGGCAUGUUGGAUGUUAUGAAAACAAAUAUUGUACUGAACUCAGUCACUCAGGAAAAGAAUAAAUUGUUGAAAAUA